AGGUUCCCCACCCCACCAGGCAGAGCACAUGCCAUUUUAAUGCCGAACCUUCUCUUUAAAAAAAUAGAAAUAAAAAUGCAUAGUUCAUGAAAGCGCCCCGUGGUUCUCUAAUGGUUAAAUCAGCGCAGUUCAGAUGGCUAGAGAGGAAGAGGGUUUGGGGAGGGAGGAGGAGAAUCUUCCUUCCUGCCGAAUGCAAUCUUCCGGAGCUGGUGGUCGCCGCCUCCUCCUUCUUCUUUCUCCCCUUGCAAAUUUGCAAACUGUUCUGUUGCUUUUUGUUAAAAUGCAUGCCUGAUUGUGUUUGCUAGGAAACUGCAGCUUCCCUGCCAAGAGCCCCUGUCAUCGCAGCUUCCAUUGGGAGGAGCUGGAAGGAGGCCUCGCCCGGGACCGGGCAGCCACAGACGAGCGAAGACGUCUGAGGAAGAUUUGCAUUGGACUGAGCUCUUGGGGUCUGCUUAUUAUCAUCAUUAUUAUUGUCGUUUUUUGAAUUUAUAUACCCCCCUAUACCCGGAGGUCUUAGGGCUGUUCACAGAAACUCUUAUCAUGGCUGGAGUUCUGCCUUGACUUGCUGCCACCUUGCUGUAAUUGCAGUUACGAAGCAAAGAAGCUUUCCACUAUGUCGGCCUGAAAGGGGAUGGAGGGACAGAGCUUAGCUAGGAUCGUCGCUUAUUAAAAAAGAGAGAGAGGGUGGUUGUGGGUGGAAAAUGACGACAGAGAAGGCAGCAGAAUUUUCGCCCCUGGACCUUCAUGAGUUUGACCAGCACGUGAAGCCAGAAAUAAAAAUGGAGAGGCGAGAACGUGGAUCCAGGAGAGGGCUGCAAAGAACCGGGGAGACCUCCCUGGCCGCCGAGGUGGAGACGGUUAUUGUUGCAGCAUCGCCGCAAGGCAUUAAACAGGAAGUUGGCGAAGGACUGUCAUCCCAGGCAGUGGGACGGGCAGUGGCAGGACUACCCAGAUGCCUCAGAGUCCCCUCUGUCAGGGCAGGAAGACCUGGAACUGGAAGAGACAGCAUUGACGGACAAUGUUAAGGAUUCCCUUUCCCACUCCGAAGGAGCAGCGUCCACCAGCCGGUGGGCUAAAGGCAGGACAAGGCCCCGGCUCGGGUUGGGACGCACCCGGACAGCCCAAGAGGCCCAAAGUGUGAAAAGCGACAGUGGGAGCAGCGAUGAGCAGGCAAGCGAGGCUGAGGCCACAGAGUCCAUCAGUCCCGAAUGCCAGCGCCAGCGCUUCCGGCAGUUUGGCUAUGAAGAAGCCGAGGGGCCGUGGGAGGCCUACUGUCAACUCCGGAAGUUUUGCCACCAGUGGCUCAUGCCAGAGAGGCACACCAAAGAGGAGAUCCUGGAGCUGGUGAUUCUGGAGCAAUUCUUGGCCAUCCUGCCCCCAGAAAUGCUGAGCUGGAUCCGAGAACGCGAUUCAGAGAGCUGCUUCCACGCUGUGGCCCUUGCUGAGCAUUUUCUCCUGAGGCAGCGAGAGGCUCAGAGGCAGGACCAACAGGUGGGAAUGAAAGAGGAGGCUGCUAUGAAUUUCUCUGCGGGAGAAGGUUCUUCGAUGGAUCUGACCCUCAGGCAGCUCUACAGGGAGGUCAAGGAGGAAGGGAGAAGAGGAGGAGGAGGAGGAAGAAGAAGCCAGUGUGCUAGGUGACGAAGGUCAGGAUGAAAAUGACGGGAUGCCACUAGAAGGAGAGAACUGCCAGGACUUUGAGGAGACAAUUUCAAAACCAACGGAGCCAAAGGAAUACGGAACAGAGGAGCAUAGGAAUGAAUCCGUUGCGCCGGAGGGUGAAACGACAGCCGAACAGGCAACCCCCAAAUUAAAGAGGCCAAGUGAUAGAUUGUUCCACGGCCUCAACAGACAUCAGAGGAACAACUCGGGGCAGGAACUCUAUGACUGCUCUGAUUGUGGCAAAGUGUUUAUCUCCAGAGCUGGCUUCAUCAUGCAUAUAAGAGUCCAUGGCCGGGAGAAGCCGUACGAAUGUGCAGACUGUGGCAAAAACUUCCGGCGGAGCUCACAUCUCAAUAACCACAGCAAAAUCCAUGCGGGAGUGAAGCCGUUCAAAUGCUUGGACUGCGGGAAGGGGUUCAGUCGGAACUCAAACCUUAUUUCACAUCAGAGAAUGCACACGGGCGAGAAGCCAUACUCGUGCUCCUCCUGCAGCAAACAGUUUUGCGACAAGUCGAGUCUGGUGAGACACGAGAGGCUUCACACUGGAGACAGGCCGUACAAAUGCACCGCAUGUGGGAAAAGCUUCAGCCAGAGCCACCAUCUCAUAACACACCAGAGAAGCCACACAGGCGAGAAACCGUACAAAUGCCUGCUCUGCAGCAAAAGCUUUUGCGAUCGAUCGACUUACAUUAGGCACCAGAAAAAUCACACGGGGGAGAAGACGUUCAAAUGUUCUGAGUGCGGUGAAAGUUUCAGCCGGAACAAGCACCUCAUUAGACAUCAGAGCAUUCAUACAGCCAGGGAGUUGUACACGUGCUCAGAUUGUGGCGAAAGCUUUUGCCGCCGGUCAGGCCUGAAGAUGCACCAGAAAAUCCACACGGGGGAGAAGCCGUUUGAAUGCACAGAUUGCGGGAAGAAGUUCAAUCGCAGCACAAACCUUAUCAGUCAUCAGAGAAUCCACACUGGAGAGAGACCCUACGGAUGCCCUGACUGUGGGAAAAGGUUCAAUCGCAGGACACACCUUGUUAGCCAUCAGAAAAUCCACGGACCGAGGAAAGAAUCUCCAGAAACGAUCAAAACCGAAGAAGAGCUUCCAUCUGAUGACGUCUUUUUGCACCCAUCUUAUAUCAUCACAAGAACCCUAGCUAGGAAUGGACCAGAUCUCAUCGGGCUAAUCCAUUUGCCCCGACAGCUAAGAGCAGAACCUCCAGGAUCAGAAGCAGCGGGCUGCAAAUUCGAGGCAGGGGAAGCAGCAGGGCGGUCUCGCAGCCCUCGCCUUGCAAGGGGGCGCAUCCAGCCUCGCAGCCUCCCAGGGCCCAACCCACAGCCAGCGAGCUCCGCUGCCCAGAGAGGCAGGAAACGGGGCCAGCCAGGGGGACUCGAGAGCGGCUGCACUUUCCUGUCCCCCGCCGAGGAGAGCGGAGGAGCAGCGGCCCGUGGCCUGGCGAGUUUCCCCGGAGAGGAGCCGGAUUCCGGUGCAGGGACGGAGCGAGGAGUCCGAGGCCACUACUCCUGCCCCCCUCCCUCUGCCAGUGCCAUUGAUAAACCUAUCGCCCUCAUUUGUGAAUUGGGACCCUUGGAGAAAUCUGACUCCAAAACAGGUGAGGAAGAUGAAAGUCAGAAUUCUAUGGAGCCACCUGUGAAUUUAUGGGGGGAAACAAAAAAAUUGAGGAUACAACAACAAACUCACAAAGGAGAUAAACGAUUUGAAUGUUUUGAAUGUGGAAAGAGCUUCAGUGACAGUGGAAAACUUAGAAGACACCAACGAACUCACACGGGGGAGAAACCAUUUAAAUGUACUGUAUGUGAAAAGAGCUUCAGUCUUAAUGAAACACUUAGAAGACAUCAACGAACUCACACAGGGGAGAAACCAUAUAAAUGUAUUGAAUGUGGAAAUAGCUACAGUGAAAAUGGAUACCUUAGAAUACAUCAACGAACUCACACAGGGGAGAAACCAAUUAAAUGUAUUGAAUGUGGAAAGAGUUUCAGCAAAAGUGGAGCACUUAGAAUACACCGACGAAUUCAUACAGGGGAGAAACCAUUUAAAUGUUUUGAAUGUGGAAAGAGCUUUAAUGAUAGUGGAUCACUUAGAAUACACCAACGAACUCACACAGGGGAAAAACCAUAUAAAUGUAUUGAAUGUGGAAAGAGCUUCAGUGACAGUGGACACCUUAGAAGACAUCAACGAACUCACACGGGGGAGAAACCAUUUAAAUGUACUGUAUGUGAAAAGAGCUUCAGUCUUUAUGAAACACUUAGAAUACAUCAACGAACUCACAUGGGGGAGAAACCAUUUAAAUGUAUUGAAUGUGGAAAGAGCUACAGUGAAAAUGGAUACCUUAGAAUACAUCAAAGAACUCACACAGGGGAGAAACCAUUUAAAUGUAUUGAAUGUGGAAAGAGUUUCAGCAAAAGUGGAGCACUUACAGUACACCGACGAAUUCAUACAGGGGAGAAACCAUUUAAAUGUAUUGAAUGUGGAAAGAGUUUCAGUAAUAGUGGAUCACUUAGAGUACACCAACGAACUCACACGGGGGAGAAACCAUUUCAAUGUAUGGAAUGUGGAAAGAGCUACAGUCAAAAUGAAGCACUUAGAGUACACCAACGAAUUCACACGGGGGAGAAACCAUUUGAAUGUUUGGAUUGUGGAAAGAGCUUCAGUAGAAGUGAUAAACUUAGAAGACAUCAACGAACUCACAUGGGGGAGAAACCAUUUAAAUGUAUUGAAUGUGGAAAGAGCUUCACUGAUAGUGGAUCACUUAGAAUACACCAACGAACUCACACAGGGGAGAAACCAUUUAAAUGUAUGGAAUGUGGAAAGAGUUUCAGUGAUAGUGGAUCACUUAGAAUACACCAACGAACUCACACAGGGGAAAAACCAUAUAAAUGUAUUGAAUGUGGAAAGAGCUACAGUCAAAAUGGAUCACUUAGAAUACACCAACGAAUUCACACGGGGGAGAAACCAUUUAAAUGUAUUGAAUGUGGAAAGACCUACAGUCAAAAUGGAUACCUUAGAAUACAUCAACGAACUCACACAGGGGAAAAACCACAGAUACUUUAAUAAACCGCAUAGGUGUUUUUUACCUUUCCUUCUAUGCUUCCUUGCAAUACUAAUAAAAUCAAACCACCCCAAUGCUUUCAGCCCCAGAAGAGGAGCUGCCCUUGGUGUCGGGGGGGGGGUCCAAGGGAGCAUCUGAAGCCCUGCCAUUCCUUCUGUCCCUGGCCCCUUCCCCUCCUCUCUCUGCCAUCCCAGGGCCACUCUUGACUCCACAGCAGGAGACUGGAUCUGUCUGUGAUGGUGAGAUGUCCUGGCUGGUUGAAGGACCACUUCCUGUUUCCUGAAGCUCCAUCCUGCCUUCUCAUGCAAGGUGGAGUCAUGAAGCAGGCGAAGACUGAGUACACCUAAGGGUGGCGCGGGGAGUGGGUGGGAUUCUGCUUAACCUUUCCCCGUCUGCUCCUUUUCUGGAUCCAAAUCCCCCCACAAAAAGGGGCAGUGUGAGGGCACAAUGAGUGUUAUGACGCUGCACUGAAAAUCAUUGCUUUGUGACCGUAAGAGGCCCUUCUCAAAAAAAGAAGCAUCAAGAGAAUUUAAGCUACAGAAUUUAAAACAAACAGAUAAUUACAAAAAAAGAAAGCAGUCUGGUGCCACAUUGCGUAGGAGUUACUUUAACACACUGUACCUGCGGAUUCCUUUGAAAAGAGCUCAGAAACUUCAAUGGCUCAAAGAGCUGCAGACACAUUACUGACCAGGGCUGGCUAUAGGCAGCAUAGGACUCCUAUAUGAGAACAGCUCCGUCUGCCUAAUUGUCUGUUUCUGGACACAAUCAAUGUGUCCACAAGAAGAGGAAGAUAGAUUUGGAGUGCCGCAUUUUCAAAAAAGAUGGACACACGACUAUUUCUUUGUGGAGCUGAAAGGCAUGCCCGUGUGCCUCAUUUGUGGUGAGGCCCUCUCCGUCCUGAAGAAGGCCCACC